CUUCACAUCGUCACAUUCUCCCUACGAGUUAUCUCCCCUCGACAACUUCCGCUACAGUGUAAAGUGGUGAUCUCAAGAUAUUACUGCUGUUGGCUUAUAGACCAUUUACUGAAGGCCUAACUCCCACCCUCAAUCCUCGAUAUGAGUGACGAUGAAGAACAUGCGCUACCACCACCCACCAUCGGAGAGGAGUAUGCCGACGACACGUUCAAAAUCCUACUCGCCACCGACAAUCAUAUCGGAUACAAUGAACGCGAUCCCAUACGAGGCCAGGACUCAAUCAAUACUUUCCGAGAAAUCUUGCAGCUUGCGGUCAAGAACGAGGUUGACUUCAUCUUACUCGCUGGAGACCUUUUUCACGAGAAUCGACCGUCUCGAGAUUGUCUCUACCAAGUCAUGGGCCUCCUGCGAGAAUACACAAUGGGCACCAAGCCCGUAGAAAUGGAGCUCUUGAGCGACCCAAAUGACGGAAAGGCAGCCGGUUACUCUUUUCCCGCCAUCAACUACGAAGACCGUAACUUCAACGUCGGUAUUCCCGUCUUCUCCAUCCACGGCAACCACGACGACCCACAGGGUGCAGGGCCAGAAGGCGCGCUCUGUGCCCUCGACAUGCUUUCCGUCUCCGGUCUCGUCAACUACAUCGGCAAACUCGAUCUCCCACUCUCUAGUGCCAACGCAGCUGCCUCCGCCGCUGAGCAGGACGGGAUCGCUGUGAGGCCGGUGUUGUUGAAGAAAGGAAACACGCAUUUGGGGCUGUACGGGAUUGGAAAUGUGAAGGAUGCGAGGAUGCAUUUUGAGUUGCGGAGCAACAGGGUUAGGAUGUAUAUGCCGAAGGAUAAGGACGAGUGGUUCAACGUGCUGUUGUUGCAUCAGAACCGUGUGAGGCACGGGCCGCAAGAGUCUGUACCAGAGGGCAUGUUCGAUGAUAGUGUCGACCUCGUUAUAUGGGGCCACGAGCAUGACUGUCGUAUAGUCCCAGAACCAGUUGCCGGGAAACGCUACUUCAUCUCUCAACCCGGAUCGUCCGUCGCCACAUCACUUGCAGAGGGCGAGUCAAUAGAAAAACAUGUCGCGUUGCUAAAGAUCCAAGGCAAGGAAUUCCAGAUGACCCCGCUUCCUCUGCGGACAGUACGACCGUUUGUGAUGGAUGAGGUGGUGUUGACGGAGGUCGCUGAGGAGGUCGGAUUUGAUGUGACGGACCAGAUGGAGAUUACGAAGUAUCUUAAAGGACGCGUCAACGAGCUGAUCCAAAAAGCUAAUGAUACUUGGCAAGAGAGGAACCAGGAAGCCACAGAGGCAGGGGACGAUCCCAUUCCUUCCAUGCUCCCUCUUGUCCGUCUCAAGGUCGACACAACAGGCGUCCCCUCCAUGUCAAACCCCAUCCGUUUCGGCCAAGAAUUCACCGGUAAACUCGCCAACCCACGCGACGUCCUCACCUUCCAUCGAGCCAAACAAUCCGCAGCGCGGCGUGUAGCUGCAGACGAGCCGAAUCUCCUCGACGAAGACGACGACGGUGGGAUCGCUGGCAUGGGUGGAGACGGCGAGGGUGGACUGGGAAGGGUGAGGGUGCAUACGCUUGUGCAGGAGUAUUUAAGGGCACAGGAGUUACAGCUGUUGGGGGAGAAUGGGAUGGCGGAUGCGGUGCAGGUGUUUGUGGAGAAGGAUGAUAUACAUUCGAUCGAGACACAUGUGAACGAGAUGCUGAAAACGUUGCGAGAGGGCGUGAAAUCUAAGGGAGACUUCUCCGAAGAGAACUUUGACAAUAUCCUCGAAAGAGUACGAGAACAAACGGAAAAGGAGUACCAGGAAGAGCAACUUCACGGGAAGAAGCCAAAGCCUAAGGGCAAGGGCAAGGCCCUCGCUGGCUCGGAAGACGAUGAGGACGAGGACGCUAAGUCUGUCGACUCAAUGGCCAUGGAUAUUGAUGCGAACGACGACGAUUUCUCCGAUGAGGCUCCUCCGCCAAAGAAAGGAAGGGGCAAGGCUGCUGCGCCGGCGAAGAAGGCGCCGGCUAAGGCGAAAGCCCCAGCGAAGAAAGCGACUACGACGGGGAGGGGCAAGAAGAAAGCGGUGGAAAGUGAUUCCGAAGAAGAAGACGACGACGAGGAAGAAGAAGAGGAGCCUCAGCCGAAGAAAAAGACAAGCCGUGCUGCAGUGCUUAGUCAACCAGCGGCUAAGAAAGCACCGGCCAAGAAGGCUGCCACAUCCAAAUCAUCCACUAAGCAAGCCGUCCUGAGCUUUGCACCGUCCGGAACCCGAACGACGGGGAGAGCUGCGGCAAGUCGAGCGCGAGCGAAGAAUGCUGAGGUGAUCGAGCUUGACAGCGACUGAACGCCAGGGUUGGUUUACGCCACCUCAUAACGUUUCUAGUUGAACAUAAGAAGGUGUACCUGGCUGACCAUCACUUCAACUGACUUUGGGUGGUAAAUCAUUUUUUUUGGACUGUCAUUGCUUAAUCUUCACAAUUAUCUCUUGCUAUCUGUAACCGUUUGUCAAUGUUAUUCGUUGCAGCCUCUUUGAGGACGA